AUGCUCUCCGCCUUCAAAGCGCAAGCCAUCCACGAGCUCAAGCCGCGGGACAAGUCGAAGAUCGAAUCGCUGCUCGCAUACGGCGACCGCCUGCUCGUUGGCCUCAAUACGGGCGCGCUACGCAUAUACCGAGUCAACGAAGGGUCGCAGACCGACGAGGUCAGCAAAAAUGGCACCACAGAGCCAGCAUCGCCGACCAAGACCAAGGCCGUGGAACUACUCUCGGAGCAGGAGAAGUUCAGCAAGAAACCCAUACAGCAGAUAGCGAUAGUCAAGGAGGCAAACCUGCUUGUCAGCUUGAGCGAUGGAUAUAUCAGCUUGCACGAGCUGCAGACCUACAAGCCGGUCGAACGGCUGGAGCAGACGAAGGGAGCGGCAUGCUUCACGGUCACGAGCAAUGUGUUCAAAGAUCCGGACACGGAGGUCCCAAGUCUAGUGUCAAGGCUAGCAGUUGGAGUGAAGCGGAAGAUGUUGUGCUGGACGUGGCAGGAUAUGGAGCAGCUACCUGACGCCGUGGAGCUGAACUUGGAGGCCACGGUAAAGAGCUUAACAUGGGCUACUGGGUCUAAGCUGAUUGUCGGAAUGGAUCCUGGGUUUGUCAUAGUCGACAUCGAAACGCAGGAGAUUGUUCCUGUCAACAAGCGAGCGACGGAUAACAACGCCGCUGAGCCCGCCGCGCAACGUUUUGGUGCAGUCACCAGCAGUGGGAUGGGCUACAUGGGAAUGGGCAGUUGGGUACCGAAGCCGAUGGCCACAGGUCUCUCGGACGGCCAACUGAUGCUCGCCAAGGAUGUCAACUCAUUGUUCGCUGACACUGAUGGGAAUCCGCUCGAGAAGCGGCAGGUGCCUUGGGCGCUUGCACCAGAAGCAAUAGGAUACAGCUAUCCAUAUUUGCUCGCCCUACAACCGCCAGAGAAAGGUUCGCUGCAGAUACGGAACCCGGACAGCCUAUCUCUGCUUCAGAACCUGGCGGUACCCAACGCCUCUAUCCUGCACGUACCUCAGCCAAACAUCAGCUUAGCUCACGCAGGCAAGGGCUUCCUGGUUGCAUCUGAGCGUGUCAUAUGGCGUAUGAAUGCAUUGCCAUAUGAUACCCAGAUACAGGAGUUGGUCGCGAAGCAGAAAUUUGACGAAGCCAUCAGCCUGCUCAAUUUGCUUGAAGAUACUCUAAUCGACGACAAAGCUGGCAAGAUCAGGGAGAUGAUGAUCUUGAAAGGAAUGAUGUUGUUCGAAGAGCGGAAGUAUAGGCCGGCGUUGGAUCUGUUUACUGACGCCGAAGCUCCACCAGAAAGAGUGAUCAAGCUGUACCCCGAGAGCAUUGCUGGCCACUUGUCACCUCAAGGUUCUGAGGCCGAUGCGGAUGACGACACAGAAAAGGCUGUUGAAGAUACCGAAGCGAAGCCAGAGAACACAAGUACGGCUAAGGAAACCCCGUCUACACCCUCCAAGUCUCUAUUUGGACGCUUCACAGGCCACACAAGAGAUGACUCCGACACUGCAUCCAUCAAAUCCGUCUCUCGCACUGACACCGGCACUCCAACACCACGCAAGGCUCCCACAUCAAACUCGCUUGCACGGGACAAGCCACUGGAAGGAGAGGACCUCAAGGUAGCUGUUCGCUCCCUAUGCUCUUUCUUAGUACAAGCGCGAACUCGAAUGCAGAGAUACAUCAGCUGGGACGGAACGCUGAAGCAGGAUCCGCCCGAGCUGGACAGUGAAACUGGCAAGCCCGACUUUGCGAACCUUCUUUCGGAGGACGUCUUCGAGACAGAUGACAAAGCGGCUGUUGAUUGGCAACCGGAGCUCUUGAAAUGUGCUGAGCUGCUCGACACAACACUCUUCCGAGCUUACAUGCUCGCCUCGCCUUCGCUGGCUGGUCCACUGUUCCGCCUCGACAACUUCUGCGAUCCGGACGUGGUGCAAGCUUCGCUGUACGAGAACGACCGCUACAAUGACCUCAUCGACUUUCUGCAUGGCAAGAAGCUGCACCGUCAGGCCCUCGAGAUGCUUUCCAAGUUCGGCAAAGGCGAGGCUGAAGGUGAGAUACCUGAAGGCAUGCAAGGUCCGGAGCGCACUGUGGAGUAUCUAAAGCAGCUUCCUCCCGAGCUGGUGGACAUUACGCUCGAGUUCGCUGCGUGGCCCGUCCGUGAGCAACCAAAGCUGGGGAUGGAGGUGUUUCUGGCAGACACGGGGAAGACGAAGGAUCUACCGAAGGAUAGGGUCCUCCAAUUCCUUUCCGAAAUUGAUCCGAAGCUGCAGAUGCAGUACCUAGAGCACAUCAUCCGCGAAUGGAAUGAUCAGACUCCCGAGCACCAUCAAGACCUGGUCGACUUAUAUUUACAAGAGAUGAAGCACGAAGACGUUGAUGAAGCUGGCAAAGUGGUGAUGAAGGAGAAGCUUGAAGCCUUCCUGCGGCAAAGUAAGCAGUACAACAAAGCAAAGACCUUCCGCCAAGUCCCUGCAGACGACCCGGUCUUCUUCGAAACACGUGCCCUUGUCCUCCGAGCCAUGGGCAACCACAAACAAGCCCUCGCCAUCUAUGUUUACCAACUCCACGACUACGACAAGGCCGAACAAUACUGCAACGACAUCUACACCACCUCGCCGCCGCAACAACUCCAGCGUUCGAGAACUGAAGUGUCCGCCGACAGGCCUAAUACCUAUGCUGUCCUCCUCGGCCUCUACCUUCGUCCUCCUCCCGACCAGUCGACCCGCUGGCCUCAAGCCCUCGACCUCCUCUCCCGCCACGGUGCCCGUUUACCAGCCAGCAGCACGCUGGACCUCAUGCCCGCCGACCUCCCCGUCGCAGAACUGCAAGACUAUUUCCGCGGCCGCAUCCGCCACUCCACCGCCCUCCUACGGCAGGAGAAGAUGCAGCGGAGUCUUGAAGAAGUGCGCAAGGUCAACACGGAGAGGCAGCUAUUGUUGGGCAGUGACAAGGAGAUGGGGAUGGGCAGGGUGGCUGGGCGGAAUAGGAGGGUGAGGAUCGCGGAGGAUGGGCAUUGUAAGGUUUGCUCGAGGAGGUUUGGGGCGAGUGCGGUCAGGGUGUGGCCGGAUGGGACUGUGGUGCAUUACGGGUGUGUGCCGAAAGGGGAGAGGGAGGGUGGUGCUGGAGUUGUUGCGAGGGGGUGGGGAUGA